AUGCUUCGACGCCCCGCAGGGAACAAGCUGGGGCUUCUGAGCUUCCAGUCGCUUUCAUAUCGGAGACCACUAUUGUCAUACCCACAAGCCGUUCUUCCCCGAUGCCAGAGUAACUGGAGUCGCGAUCAUGAACGCGAAGCUUUCGAUGGACCCAAUUCCGAACGAAACCGCGAACCGAAAGAUAAUGGAAAACAUGAAGCAGGCACAUUCACAUUGGGUGUGGACACACUUGGAAAGCCAGGACAAAUCGUUGUUGUGCCUUCACGUCGCCGCCGAAUGUUAAAUCGCAAUCGCAACAAAAACCCCGAAAAUGAAUCUGGCGGCACAAUCAGCGCCAUGUUGGAUGAACUUAACGACGAGAACUCAACGCCCAGCGAUAAAUCGGUCCAGGAAAGAAUUGAUGAAGUUCGUGGAUCAUAUCAACUGGGACAGAUCUUGCCUGCUGCCGAUCUCAAGGCAUUGUGGUCAAAAUUGGCUUCCUCUUUCACAUACAAGCAAUUGUCAGAGUUUAUUUCAGAGUACAAUCGCAAUGCCGUGAUAGAAGAGAAAGGUUGGACCUGGGGGUCAAGUAGCUCCAAAUCGUUAUUGGGAAAGACCAAGGGCUUCAGGGGAAAAUCCCGGGCUGCAGAGACGAUCGUUCGGGAUUGUUGGCAGCUGGUGGCUGAUGGCGAGCGUGGCCAGUUGGAAUUCCGCAUACCAGCUCAGUUCAUAUCCUUGCUUCUCCAUGCUGAGCAUUUCUCUUUCCACGAGCUGGCUAGUCUCCAUGGCUGUGGUAUUGAUGUCACGCAAUCUGCGGGUCUGGUAUCACUUACUGGCAAGCGAAAUGAUUGUGAGUCUGUUCACGAGAUUAUCAUUGAUGCAACUGGCAGGAUCCGUGAGGAUGAUGUCGGAAUCAACCCAUAUAUCCACGGAGAUGGAAUCAGUCAAGUUUUUACACCAGACUUUUUGGAAUGGGUCAACAGCACACACGGGGUAUUCGUGGAAUGCAAAGCACACAGGCCACCCCAAAAGAUUAUCUAUCUUGCUGAGAAUAAGUCGGGAGCAGAUAAUGCGCGGAGGACCUUGAACUUGGCCUUAUCCAACACCACAUCUCCAUCGACGCCAUUUUCAACAUAUUUACCUGCUUCGGAACUCGCCAGUGCUUAUAGCUAUAGACCAGAAGCUCAUGCUUCAUGGUUUGAGCAGCAAAAGUCGUGGUUCCGGUGGGCAAUGUCUUCCAGUCAAAAUGCCGAGGCAGAAAACCUCGAAACUCCUUUCUUCGACAAGCAUCAAACACGACUCUCAGAUGAACUAUUGAAGCUUCUCCGAGUUACUACUCCGAAAACCGGAUUAGUCACCGGUUUGCAUGAAUCUGUGACAGCCGUGGUUGGGAAAUGCCUUUUUAUGCAAAAGCCCUCUCUCGAUGAUACAGCCAUCAGUCCGGCACAGUUGGGGAGACUGUCCCUUCCACGGGCUUUCACAAACGACAUACCUCUGGUGUCGCGCUUCAUCAACUCACUCAUGCCUAUCCGCCCAAAGAACGAGGCACAGCUAUAUCGACUUCGGUUGACUCCAACCUCCAACGCAGGAUCUCCGCCGGAACUCGAAAUUGAGGUAACCAUGAACUCGAACUUGGAUGGCGUGGAUGUCCACAGCGUAAAGGCUAUCCUCAUCACAAGCAGCGUUGACUACCUGCUUCCGGAAAAUGGUCUGGACCUGCGUUUCACACGAACCCUCUCACAAGACCUCUUGCAUAAGCCAUCUUCCAACUCAGAACUCCCGCAAAGCUCUUCUAAAGAACUCUUGCCCCAGCCUUCUUCUUCGCCACAGAUCCAAGCAAUGCUGCAAAGCAUCAAAAUCUCCCUCCAGGGCUCAAUCAUCAGCAGUGGGGGUUCGCAAGGCCCUGUUCCACUUCCUAUAUUUUGCAACAUCACUCUUCCCUGUGAUCUUGUUAAUCAGCCUGCCUCGCAAAAAGUUGAAUCCAAAAUUUUUGACGAAUCAAUGGCAGAGAACAGCGUCGCUGUCGAGUACAUGUUCCCUCCACUCAGCGACAUUCGAGGUGCCAUUGUCCAAAAGUACAGCUUUGAUGGGCGAGCACUUGACUACCGGUAUUACGAGAGCGGUUCGCUCCUUGCUGCUCGGACAAAUGAGGUCUCUCUGGGCAUGGAGAUUCCCCAAGUUGACUCAGUCGCAGAAAGUGACCAAUCCGAGCAGCUUGAUCAUGAGUUCCAUUCGUUCUACAACGCGGCGUGUAACAUGGCAUUCAAAAUCCACGGCAAAAGAUAUGUGGAUUAA